AUGACAGAGAAGAAUUCGAAUGGGAAGAAGCGAAAAUGGGAACCAGUAGAAUUGGACGAUCCUUCGUUCUUUGCGGGCGAAAUGGAUGGAUUUGUGUCCCUUGAAGUCAUGGAAGAUUUCAGGAAUUGGUGCAGGUGGACCAGCUCAGAAGAGGAAAAUAAAAGAACGGCCGCUGCACAAGGUAAAUUGCUUAAAGUACUCUAAAACACACUGUAUGGUUAAAUUCAGAGGAUACAAAUGUAAGAUUCACUUCAAGCACGUGGUGAAAUUACCCUUGUAUUUUACGUGAAAUUGGGAAAAAAUAAUUUUUUUUAAUUUUUUUGUUUAUUACUUUUUAAUUAUAACUCAUCUUUAAUUAUUAAAUGUUGAGGGUUGUCCAAUACAUCCACAUUGGGUUGAGUCGUUUACAAAUCGACCCACUAGAAGUUAAUUCAGGGCUAAAAAAAAUUGGCGGUCGCACGGUCGCACGGUCGCCAGGGGCGAGUUAAAGCUGACUAGGGCCACCAAAAUUUAAGGUUUGAACGCCCGAUGUGCGACUAUGCUACAGAAUUUCGAAAAGUUGCAAUGCAAAUUAUUCGAAGUACAAAGUUAAAAAUAAAACUCAAUAUGUAAUUUAAUUGGACUAUCCUUCUCUUCGUUUCUUUGCCUGGACUCUAAGAUCAUCCAUUUUAGUGAAUUUUUUGUUCUGAAGUGGAAAUUCCGAGCCGUUGUAACAGUGAUUUCAUGAGCAAUCCACAUUCACAACGUAUAGACCCCAUUUUGAUUUUGUGAUAUCCACGUGACUCUGGACUUUUGUGUUCUUUCCUUUUAUUUAAUGCUCCUUUAAAAGCUAUGGGGUGUUUAUUCAAGUUUUUCAUUUUAAACUAGAGGAAAUCAAGGGCUACUUCAUUUAGGGAUGGGCCACCAAGAAUUCAAGGAAACUGGUCCGACUGGCCACCAAGCACAGUCAUUAAAUUUUUAGCCCUGAGUUAAUUAAUGGUUAAGUCAUCUUGUGAUAAUGGAAAUCUGAAUAAACCAUGCCUCUUAAGGUGGAAAUGUCUUACCACAAGUUGAUUUUCAAGAUGCUUGAUGCUUGAUAAUCUUCAAUCUGACUCAAAUGGAAUGACUCGUCUCCUGAGUCAAAUCAGGUGUAUUGGACAUGAGAAUCAAAACUAAGAUAACUGCCAGUCAUACCUUAAGUAAAAAAAAGAAACAAACAAACAAACAAAAAAACAACAACAAUAACACUCACCACAAGAACUACAUGGAAAUACAGCAAGUGAUCAAAAUCAUUUUGAGAGCAAUUUGUCCUAACUUUUUCAAAGACAGCAGACUGCAUUGGACCAAGGACUCGUGCAUUUUUUCAGUCUUUACCCAUACACGCACAAUUAUGUAUAUCUAAGAAUAGAAGCUUCUUUUUGGUUUUCUCCAAAAGUUUGGCUCAUGGGGAAAAAAAAGCUACAUAGUAUUGUCUUUUGAUUUAAAUCUUCAAGAUGAUCAGGAAAAAACAGAUACCACACCAUCCACACAACUUGAAAAAAGCAAAAAGAAGGACCAACAGACAAAGGGGAAAAAAGACGAGGAAAAAGAAAAACAAGGCCCAAAGUAAAGCCCAGUCAGAAGAGCAAAACAGAGUAGAAAUGGUCACUGACAAUAGACUGGUGGAAGAUCCUCCAGGUAAGAUUUAAUUUUAGGAAUUAUGGAUGGGAAAUGCACAAAACAAAGUACAAUUUUACUCAAUAAUUGUCCGUGAAUUUUAUUAUUUUGAAGAGAAUCAAACACAUUUUGUGCAGAUAAUAUUAUGUUGGCAAAGAUAUGAUUUUCUAUAAAUAAUGUAAUUUUACCGAUAAGUUUUUUAUUACUGUAUUGUAAUUUAGAUUAUAAAAUCUUUAUAAAUAUAUUUUUUAUCUAUGCAGGUACAAAUAACUUAUUGCAUUCAAUUGUAAUAAAUGAUAUUUCCCACUAACACUAUGAGUUUAAGAUGCAAUCAUAAUUUAUUUUAUAGCUAAAUCAUUUAUUUUGAAUGAACUAAACUGUAGAGCCCAUGGCAGAUAUGAGUGCUUGGGAAGUCCUUGGUGUUCCCAAAGAAGGUCAGAGAGAACUCAGUGAACACAGUUUUACUACACCAACCCCUAUACAGACUCUCUCCCUUCCACCUGCAAUAUUCCACCACAGGGACAUCAUUGAUGCAGCAGAAACAGUGAGUUAAAUCAGAGCAGUUAGAUUGGUGGAGGUCUCUUUUUUUGUGUAUUGUUUGUGUACUUCAUUCCACAACUAUUUUGAAGAAUCCUUUUUUUUUUUUUUUUUUUUUUUGGAGAGGGAGAGAGAGAGAGAGAGAAAAACACCAAGCUCCAAGCUCAUUUAUGUGUUAGAAGACUUUCCCACACAUUAUAGCAAACAGUUUCUGUUUCUUUAGAGCUGGUCUUUGACUUGAAUUAAUGUCUAAGUACUAAGUGAGUGUUGAAUAAUUAUAAAUAUGAAUUUUGUAAAAGCACUCUUGAGGAGAGCUGUCGAACUGAAA